AAAUAUAGUAAAAAGAAAGAAAGAGAAAUAAUAAAGAGAAAAAUUAGAGAAUGAGUGAGAGUAGUUAAAAGACAGUCUAUGAGUAGUUCUCCAGCCAAGCAGAUGGUUUUUGGCUGCUGUCUGAAUACAGAACCAAUUCAACACCAGAUUAAUGGUUUAAGUGAAGAAAAGGAUUUGCCGGAAUCUACCUACCUACCUACUUUAUAAAACUACCUAACAACAACAAACACACCGAGGGAGAAAUUGUGUAGAGCAAGUGCUUGUUACUAGCGGCCACAAGUGUUAUUGUGGCGGGGGAAAGAAAGAGUGAGAGAGAGAGGGAAAGAAAGAAAGAAAGAGAGAGAGAGUAGUAACCCUUUUUUUUUUUUUACCAUUAUUAUCGUCAUCAGUAGUCGUGGUAGAAAAGGAUAGUGCCUUUCCGUUUCGUGUUAGUAAGUACUAUGGCACGAACUAGUUUGGUGUGUGUCGUUGGGACGGUGUUGUGUAUAUCAGAGACUGGUGGAAUUAUUUCGUUAAAUGGUUUGUUAUUUUAACCUCUCACUGCACCCGUCACCAUUUACCAUAGUACACAGCUAUUGCUUACAUAAUCGCUUCUAUCACCUCCCCCUUUUUAGAAAGAGAGCGAGAGAGAGAGAGAGAGAGGAGAAACAAAACUAUCAUUUAGAUUCCACUAACUAUUUGUUUACGUUGAUGUUUCAUGCGAUUAACAACGGCAAGAUGAAGUGAAAAAGAGAUAGAAAGAGAUCACAAAAGUAUUUAAAAAUAAAGGAUAUUGUUGCAGACUUCUGGAAGUUUUAUUUCCAAUAAAUCUACAAAGUAGUUUAUUGAUACAAUUUACCAACCUUACAAACCCAUAUGGGAUUAACUUUAAUCCCUCAUUUAUCACUAACGUCUAUAAAAGCUACCGAUCCCAUUCGGAUAUAUUAUACACAUAUAUUUUCAAUCUGGAUAAUUAUACAAAUUUCUCUGUGUUGUCGUUUCUAAAACAUGACUGGUGACAUGUUCUGCAGAAAGAAAAAACACAAAGAAUGGCUAAAAAUGGCUAAAGCUGGCCAAUACACCUUAAAGGAGAAGAUACAAGAAGAAUUUUUGGAAUGUAAAAUUUGUUUUGAACCUUAUGUGAAACCCAAAGCCCUUCCUUGCUUGCAUUCAUUUUGUGCAGAAUGCCUAAAGGAUUAUGUUCGAAAAAAUCCUGACAAAAACGCUAUGCGUUUUUGCUGUCCAAUUUGCCGGAAGGAGAUACCAAUGCCACCUAGAGGCAUUGAUGACUUCCAAGACAAUUUCUGGCUUCUUAGCCUCUCUAAUUCUUUGGAAGAAGGCGAAGAUGAAUGCCGCACUUCUUGCAAUGGGAAAAAUGCACGUAGUAAUGUGUGGACAACUCAAAAAUGGAACCACCAAGCAAAAAAUGUAACUACAGCAUCAAACCCAUUGUAUCCACCCUCAUUCCAAGAACUAAAACUCCGUGGAUUUGAUUGGUAUUUUGGAAAAGUGAGUCGGAAUGCUUCUGAAGAAUGGCUUCUACAUCCUGGUCUUCAGAAAGGCUCUUUUCUUAUUCGCCAAGGAGAGGCUCUUCCAGACACAUACACAUUAUCAGUACGAGACUGUGAUGAACUUCGAGGAUAUUUGGUGAAGCAUUACAAGAUCCUCUCCAAGAAAAAUGGAGACAAUGAAAAAGAUCAUUACUACAUAACUGCAAAGAGAACAUUCAGCACACUUGAAGAACUUGUUAGUCAUUACUCAGUAGUGGCAGACGGGCUUUGUUGUAAACUAACUCAGAUCUGUGACAAACCUAGAUCGUUGCUUUGGGCAAUGGAUCGGGGCAAACCAGAUGAAUUCAUGACAACUAAAGACACAUUACAACUAGUCAAAAAGAUUGGAAGUGGGCAAUUUGCUGAAGUUUACUAUGCAAAAUGGAAUAACCAAGUUGAAGCCGCAGUGAAAAUGCAGAAAAAAGACUGUGUGACGACUGCUGCAUUUUUAGAUGAAGCUCAAAUUUUAAAAAGCAUACAACAUAACAACAUCGUCAAGCUACUGGCAGUUUGUAGUGAUGAACCUGUCUAUUUAGUAACUGAGUAUAUGGUAAACGGACGUCUUUCACAAUACCUUCGUGAAGGGAAAGGAAAGCAGCUAGGUUUGACUAGCUUACUUUGGAUAUCAGCACAGAUUGCUGGUGGGAUGGCAUAUAUGGAAACUGAAAAUUUCAUUCACAGAAACCUCGGAGCUCGUAAUAUAUUGGUCGGAGAUCAAAAUCUUGUGAAAAUUGCAGGGUUUGGAAUGAGUAAAGUUGCUGACGAUCCCGACUUCAAUUUUAGAAAAGGCCUUUUCUCAGGCCUGAAAAUGGCGGUGAAGUGGAUGGCUCCUGAGGUGUUAUUAUACAACAAAUACAGCACAAAAGCCGAUAUUUGGUCCUUUGGCAUUGUGCUGAUGGAAAUAUUUUCAUAUGGCAAAGAACCUUAUGACAGUAUGGGAAGCAAAGAGGCCUUUGAGAAAGUUCAGUCUGGCUACAGGAUGCCAUGUCCACAGUAUUGCCCUGCUGAGAUUUACAAUGUUGCCCUCACUUGUUGGAACAUUAAUGCACCAAGGCGACCCUCGUUUGACUUUCUGAACAGCUUUCUUCAUGAUUGCCACUCUACUUCCUGACCUGACCCCAAUUUUCUCACUUCAUCUUCUUCUUCUUUGUCUACUACUACUACAACAACAACAACAACAACAAUUACUACAACUACUACUACUACUACUACUACUACCUAUGCUGUUAAUUCUUAAAAUCUGGUGACCAAUGGACACAGGAACAGAUUAUCAACUCACACACAAGUACAAACACACAGCAGAGAUAUCUACAAACACAAUCUUCUUUUCCUUAAUCUUGUAGAAUUGUCACAGCCAGCCAGUAAGGCCUAGAAUAGAUAUGAGACUGAGCUAACAAACAGCCUAAGUAAACUUAACAGGAAAAACAGAAAAAAAAAAAACCCCAUCGUGGACCAACUUUAGUAGAGGGUCCUUGAAAUAAAUUAUACAAUUAUUUAA